UUUCCUUUCCUCACCCAUUCAUCACUAACACAUACAAAAAUUUCACAAUCUAUCUAUCUUCCCAGUUCCCACCCUCCUCAUUUCCAAAUCCCAUAUUCAGCUUUUCUGACUCUUGAUCAACUUCAAUCUUUUCAAAGAUUUUCAUGCUCCCUUCUGCUUGUUUGUUUGUGUGAAUUCCUCCUGAUUCAUAGUUUGUUCUUCUCUGUGUCUAUCAUGAUCUUGAUUCAAGAAACUUAAAACCCUCCGCAUACUGUUUCUCUUGAUAGAAAUUUCACAGUCGAAACAAAACCAGCAAUCUUUUUCUUCUUUUCUGGAAAUUUAAAAUGGAAAAGCUUGCAAGUUUGGACAGGAAGAGUGUCAUCAGUGUGCUAACCCAAGGGAAGGAGCUUGCAAAUGAGCUGAAGAAACAGCUUCACCCCACCGCCACCUCAAACGAGGCUUGUGAUUCUUUAUUGGAGAACAUACUUUCUUCUUAUGAAAAUGCAUUGAGGCUGCUGAAUUGCAUGGCCCUACUUGGAAAUGGUGGUGACCCUUCACAAAUUGGUGUCAGCAAUUUCUUGGGUUCAGCUUAUUCAAUUGAGGGUAGUCCCAGGAGUGAAGUGUCUGAGCACAGCUCUAAGGAUCAUCAACCCCACAGAGUGGUUUCCAAGAAAAGAAAGACAUUGCCAAGAUGGAGUGAACAAGUGAGGGUGUGCUCUGAGACAGGGUCUGAAGGUCAACUUGAUGAUGGGUAUAAUUGGAGGAAAUAUGGGCAGAAAGAUAUUUUAGGGGCCAAUCAUCCAAGGGCAUAUUAUCGAUGCACUCAUCGGAAGACACAAGGAUGCUUGGCCACUAAACAAGUGCAACGAGCAGACGAGGACCCUUCAAUCUUUGAGGUCAUUUACAGCGGAAAACACAGUUGCAUUCAAGAGAGACUAAAACAGAAGAAAGAAAAUCUCAUCAUACAAAACAAAGAAGAAGAAAGCCAAAGACAUUCACAACAGAUGUUGAUGCUCAGCACUGAACCAACUCUUAAAGUCGAAACUCAAGAAUUGGAUACUGAGGAGGGGAGCUUUCCUUACUUUUCCUUCCCUUCCACCCCAAUUGACUCAGAAAAUGUGGAACCUCAACUCUUCCCCGAGUCUACCAACUUCAUCGGGACGAGUUACACACCUCCGUUUCUGUCCCCAGCAACAUCUGAGUCCUAUUUCUCAUUUUCACCAUGCCCAGUGAACGAUUUUGGGAUCGUUCACAGUUUGCAAAGUUCAGAAUCAGAUUUUGCUGAAAUAAUCUCGAACCCAACUCCAGCUACGAGCUUCCCAUUUGAAGACUUGGAUUUCUUGAUUGAUCAAGUGGAUUUUGGUUCUCAUUUCCUCGACGCCAAUGAUUGCUUAUAGCAAUCUCACAUGUUACUGACUCAGACAAAUGUGAAAAAAGGCAGUAUAUAGAUGGCUAUUUACCGGCAAAUGGUCCUAGCCAGCAUCAAAGGGCUUAUAAAAUUGUUCAUAGCAAUAUUGAGUAGAUCCCUGGGGUAUGCAGAGCUUGAACCCCCCACUGUAGAUGCUGACCAAGUGAAAUAGCCUUAAACUAGGUAGAGUUGUAGUAAUCUGUAAUCAUGCAGCCUGUGGUUUUUUCUUUUUUAUUCUUUCCUAGUUGGCUUGCCAGCCCUGUAAUGGGAUAAUUAGUCUGGUUGUCCAUUUCUACCUUUUGGUUGCUGUUGUAUGAUAUAUUUUAUGUUUGAAUCAAUUUUGUCUUAAUUGAAAUAAAACCAAUUUGUAGUUGAUAA